AUGGGUCUCGGAGCCACUCUCCUGACCUCUUUCGUCCUGGCCUCGCGCCUGCUGAGCCCUGCUCUGGCUGCGCCCGCGCCUCAGGCCAUCCCCUCGGCGCCCGCCGAUCCCGCCGCGCCCGCUGCGCCCGCGGCCCCUGCUCCGGCCAGCGGCUGGUGGUACGACAAGGCCCAGCGCCAGGCCGUCGCCGCCUUUGGCCAGCCGGACUACAAGGUCUUCCGCAAUGUCAAGGAAUAUGGUGCCAGGGGCGACGGUACGACUGACGAUACCGAAGCCAUCAACAAGGCCAUCGCUGAUGGCGCCCGCUGUGGUCAGGGCUGCAGCGGCAGCACCACCACCCCUGGUCUCAUCUACAUCCCCUCGGGCACUUACCUUGUCAGCAAGCCUAUCGUCAUGUUCUACUACACCCAGCUCAUCGGUGAUGCUUCGUCUCUGCCUGUCAUCAAGGCCGCGCCCGGCUUCAAGGGCAUGGCCGUGCUGGACUCGAACCCGUACGACGACAAGGGAAGCAACUUCUGGGUCAACCAGAACAACUUCUUCCGCCAGGUCCGCAACUUCGUCAUUGACCUGACGGCCAUGCCCGAGACGGCCGGCGCCGGCAUCCACUGGCAGGUGUCGCAGGCCACGUCGCUGCAGAACAUCCACUUCAAGAUGAUCGCGAGCGCCAACACCAAGCAGAUCGGCGUCUUCCAGGACAACGGCAGCCCGCAGUCCAUGAGCGACUUGACGUUCGAGGGCGGCGAGUACGGCUUCUUCGCCGGCGCCCAGCAGUUCACCGUGCGCAACAUGACCUUCCGCAACUGCAAGACGGCCGUCUUCGCCAACUGGAACUGGCUCAUCGCGCUGCAGGACAUCACCAUCGAGAACUGCGGCGUCGGCAUCGACAUGGCCAACGGCGACGGCUCGCAGACCGUCGGCUCCGUCAUGCUCAUGGACUCGGUCAUCCGCAACACCCCGGUCGGCGUCCUGACCUCGUACAAGCAGGGCGCGGCCUCCACCAACGGCACUCUGAUCCUCGACAACGUCGACAUGACCACGGGCGUCGCCAACGCCGUCGCCGAGGGCACCGCGGGCAAGGUCCGCGGCACCAUCCUGGCGGGCGGCUCCAAUAUUGCCUCAUUCGUCCAGGGCCGCACCUACUCGCCGCAGUCUCCCGGCGUCGGCAAAAUCCAGCAGGGCACCGACAAGGCCGUCGCCAUCCCCGACGUGCUCAAGAACAAGGCCACCGGCAAGGUCUUUACGCGCUCCAAGCCCCAGUACCUCGACGUCCCCCUCGCCAACGUGGUCUCUGUCAAGUCCAAGGGUGCCAAGGGUGACGGCAAGACGGACGACACCCAGGCCAUCCAGGCAAUCUUUGACGCGGCCAAGCCCGAGCAGCUCAUCUUUUUCGACCACGGCGCCUACAUCAUCACCGACACCGUCAAGGUGCCCAAGAACAUCCGCAUCGCCGGCGAGAUCUGGCCCUACAUCAUGGCGUCGGGCCCCAACUUCCAGGACCAGACCAAGCCCCGGGCCGUGUUUCAGGUCGGUCAGCCCGGCGACGUCGGCUCCGUCGAGAUGAGCGACCUCAUGUUCGAGACCAAGGGCCCCGCAGCGGGCGCCGUCCUGAUCGAGUGGAACGUCCGCGAGGAGAAGCAGGGCUCGGCGGCCAUGUGGGACGUGCACGUGCGCAUCGGCGGCUCGGCCGGCACGGAGCUCGACUACGACAAGUGCAAGAAGGCGCCCAACGACCCGGCCCAGACCAAGAAGACCGAGACCGAGUGCCUGGGCGCGUUCCUGAUGCUGCACGUCACGGAGCAGGCGUCGGCCUACAUCGAGAACUGCUGGUACUGGGUCGCCGACCACCACCUCGAGCCCUUCCCGGCCAACCACCCGGACCCGUCGCAGCAGAUCAACGUCUUCAGCGGCCGCGGCGUGCUCGUCGAGUCCCAGAAGGGCCCCGUCUGGAUGUGGGGCACGGCCUCGGAGCACAGCGUGCUGUACAACUACCAGACGGCCAACGCCAGCAACGUCUACAUGUCGUCCAUCCAGACCGAGACCCCCUACUUCCAGGGCUUGCCCGAGGCCAACACGCCCUUUGCCGUCAACGCGAACUUUGCCGACCCGGACUUUGACGCCUUCUGCGCCGCCAGCGGCGGCGGCAAGGCCUGCCGCCGCUCGUGGGGCCUGCGCGUCGUCGACUCCAAGGACGUCUACGUCUACGGCGCCGGACUGUACAGCUUCUUCGAGAACUACGGCCAGUCGUGCCUCAAGGACCAGAGCUGCCAGGAGCACAUGGUGUCGCUCGAGCGCUCCCCCUCGACCCACAUCGUCGGCCUCAGCACAAAGGCCGCCACAAACAUGCUCACCGUUGACGGCAAGAGCGCCGCGCUCGACAAGGACAACCGCAACAAUUUCUGCGCCACCCUCGCCCUCUUCUCGUCCCCGGCUGCUUAG